AUGACGCCGCUCCCGCGGACCGUUCACACCGGCGCUUCCCCGGUCUUCAGCCCGAACCUGAGCUACAUACAGCGACACUGUGGAACCAUGACGUCGAGGAAGAAGGUGCUGCUCAAAGUCAUCAUUCUGGGGGAUUCUGGUGUAGGGAAGACCUCCCUCAUGAACCAGUAUGUGAACAGAAAGUUCAGUAACCAGUACAAAGCCACGAUAGGAGCCGACUUCCUCACAAAGGAGGUGAUGGUGGACGACCGCCUCGUCACCAUGCAGAUCUGGGACACCGCGGGGCAGGAGCGGUUCCAGUCUCUGGGCGUGGCCUUCUACCGCGGCGCCGACUGCUGCGUGCUGGUGUUUGACGUCACAGCUCCAAACACGUUCAAGACGCUGGACUCCUGGAGGGACGAGUUCCUGAUCCAGGCCAGUCCCAGAGACCCAGAGAACUUCCCCUUUGUGGUGCUAGGCAACAAGAUCGACCUGGAGAACAGACAGGUGACCACCAAACGGGCCCAGGCCUGGUGUCAGAGCAAGAACAACAUCCCAUACUUUGAGACCAGCGCCAAAGAAGCCAUCAACGUGGAGCAGGCAUUCCAGACCAUCGCUCGCAACGCCCUCAAACAGGAAACGGACAUGUCGGUGUACAACGAAUUCCCCGAUCAAAUCCAACUGGGCAACGACCGAGCCCGACCUCCGGCAGAGAGCUGCAGCUGCUAA